AUGAAAAGUCAUACUGGUGAAAAAGCUAGACAUCCUUUUACUUCUCAUAUUAAUGUUAUUCGAGUUCCAAACUCAAAAACAGUAUUUGCAAUUUGUAAAUGGUGUAAACUAAAACAUGAUACAAAUCAACAAUUAAUGCAACCAUUUCUUGCACAAGAAUAUAGUUUAGCAUUUAAUUGGGUAGAAAAAAAAUCAUCAAUUGCUAUGCUUAAAUAUAAAAAUCCAAACCUUGUAAUACCAAGUCAUCACACUCUUGGAGGUCAUGUAUUAAAAAAUACUAUACAAGAACUUCAUUUAGAAUUAUCUUUAGCUGCAAAAUAUGUAUCGCCUGAAGAUGAUGAUCUAACUUUGUCAGAAAAUAUUUGUGAACCAAUUGGAGAUAACAAUUGGUGGAAUACAAUAUCAGAAUUACAUAUUUUACUCUCACCUUUAUACACAGCACGUCUUUAUGAAGUAUUACAUAUUUUUGGUUAUCUUUACAAUUUAAUGGAUAAAUACUCUGAUAUUACUUUUGAAAUAAAAAUGAUAGAACGUUUAGAACAAUGCUGGAGAGAAUGGGAGCAACCUUUUUUAAUUCUUAGCUUUUUGCUUCAUCCUGAUAUUCGUCUUACUCAAUUUAAAUUACCAAUUAAUG